AAGGGGACGAGCCUUCCCCCUUUGAUUUUUUGCACAAUGCAACCCCAAAAACUCCACCUAUUCCACACAUCAAUAACGAUGGAAGCCAUCAGCUGGGACGACGGAUACCCAAACUAUAAAGGCUGGGUUCGCUGCGGCUGCCACUACGUCCAACCUGACUGGGAACAAGAAAGAGGAUGUGUCCACAAAGACUGCGACGGAGGUUUUUAUGGUAGUGAUGGAGGGUUCUGGAUCGACUGGGAGUAUGAAGAUACAACCAAGAGACGAUGGUAUUGUAGCAGAAAAUGCGCCAAGUGGACGGCGAAGAAGAUGUGUGUAUGCACAGAUCGGAGCUGUCUAUGCAGCCGCUAAGCGCUCGAUGGGUUCGGUGUGUUUCCUUAUCAGUAGUUCACGUGUCAUUUGGGUUUCAUUUUAUAUUACUACAUGAAUAAAUUGACUAGUCAUCGUUAAAUCAAGAGCAUUAGAGCAAGGUCGUGUUGUCAACGAAAAGAGGAGUGCUCAAUAAAAAAGUGAUCAUAAGGUCCAAGUCAAACAAAAU